AUGGAGAAAGCCAUCCGCUGGUCGCCGUGGUCGACCACGACGGAGCAGCGCUUCCUCUCCGUCGACGUGACGGGCAAGACCUUCAAGCUGUGCCGCGUGACGGCCUGGGAUGGGCGUGUUCUCGAGCAUGAAGUCCUCGCAACGCAUACGAGAGUCCCUGCCUUCAGGGCGUUUGACUGGUCGCCCGUAAAUGAAGGGCUGAUUGCCGUCGGGCAGUCUUCGGGAGAGGCAACUAUCCUGCGCCUGCAGGGUGACACCACACCACAACAGCAGCAGCAGCAGCAGCAGCAGCAACAGCAGUCCGGGGAUACCUUCUCCUUCCCUAUCCGCAACCAGAGAUACUGCAAUGCCGUUGCCUUUAGCACGCAUGGUCUUCUGGCGGCGGGGUUGGACCGUGUACGCAACGAUUUCUGUCUCAAUAUCUGGGAUGUCAACCAGCGGCUCUCUAAUAUGAAGCCCAGGGGUGGUGCUGGUGACAGGCAGACCACGGAGCCGCUGAGGAAACUUGCCAGCUCGGAGCCGAUCACUAGUAUCAAAUUCUUUCGUGAUAGGCCGGAUACGCUGGUGACGGGGGUGAAGAACCACUUUGUGCGAAUCUACGAUUUACGAGAGGGAUCUGGAAACCCGGCGCUGCAGUUCCCUACCCGUUGUGUCCAUAAUUUGGCCAUUGACUGGCUCGACGAGAACUACUUUGCUUCGUGCUACACGACUGGCGAUCCGACCGUCUGCAUCUGGGACCGACGCGUCGGGCCCCGGUUCACCUCGACGGGCUCCGUUGGUCCCACUGCUGGUCUUGAGUCUGGCCAGAAUGGACCUGCGCUGGAGUUCAAGAAUGUUGUUGACCCCAAGACGACGAUUUGGAGUUUGCGCUUCUCCAGAACGAAACGCGGCUCUCUGGGUGUCCUGUCGAGCAUCGGUCACUUCAAGGCAUACGAUGUCGCCAAGGAGUAUAUUGUCGAGGAGUAUCGCUCGUCCAUGGAUGAUUCCCUGGGUCAGGGCUCAGUGAAAAACUAUCCCGAGCCUAUCUACACGAAACACAUCCGCGAUAUACGCAGCCCCUUCAACCAUCCCACCCGUGGCUGUCCCGAGUCCGAACGGGUCGUCUGCUUUGACUUCCUUAACAUGAGCGCGUCGACCGAGCCCACGGCCAUCACACUCGCCGGAAAUGGGAAAAUCCAGCUUGUGGCCCUUCGGCCUCCCUGUCCUCCGGUUCGUAUCUCCUCGCAGAGCGUGCUCGUUCGUGGCGAUGCGGCGACCGAGUCCGACUUCACCGUUCUGAACCCUUCAUCCGUGGAGGGAUCGAAGAUAUCCAAGGUGGUCGCCGAUAUCCGGGAACGGGAAUUCCCAAGCUCGCCAGAGAACCACGCCAGCAACCCGAUACUCGGCUCCUCGGCUCGGUCCAGCCGUGAGAGCAGAGAGCGCGGUUUCUUUCUCGGCACUUCGGGUAGGCCUCUGAAGGCGGAGGAUGCACUGACUCUCAUGGCGGUCAAUCGACUCCGCUGCAAAGAGGGUUACUUGUUUGACGAGGCAAAAAACAGACAGAUCCUCGUCGACGAUCCUUAUCUGCAGGGUUUCUGGCGUUGGGUGGAGCGUGCUCGGGCGGAUUCGUCUGAGGACACGAUGAUUAUGAGAGGGCUGGACCUAAACUACCUGGGCGUCUAUGCAGUGUGGAACAAUGAUCUAGGGCCGAGUCUUGAGAGCCGAAAGAUCAAUGUCAAUGAAGAUUCGCCAGUCGAUGUGGCCCAAACCAUCAAGGAUCUGGCGCGUGCGCUGGAAUUGCCAAGCUUGAAGGGCUCAGAGACGGCCUAUCCGGAACAUCGGCGUCUGUGCUUGUACCUGUGCAACGCUGCCCAGUCUCAGGAUGAGUUGGAAGAAGUGGUAUCCACGCUUGUGGCGCGAAAGAAACAUACCAAAGCUGCUGCGUUGGCUGUUUUCCAGAACGAAGCCCGACUCGCAUACUCUGCACUGCGCAGCAACGAAGCGACGCAGGCUCACCGGCUCCUCGCCAUGGCCAUUGCCGGCGCCACGAAAGGUGAAACCGAUUUGGACUGGGAGGAGACAUGCGCGGAGAUUGCCAAGGAACUUACCGACCCUUAUGCACGAGCGAUCCUGGCGCUGGUAAGCAAGGGCGACUGGAAGUCCGUCCUCCAGGAAGUCACUUUGCCGCUCAAGUACCGCGUCGAGGUCGCUUUGCGCUGGCUGCCAGACGAAGACCUCAGCGCCUACCUCCACGACACGACUUUCCGGGCCACCCGUGAGGGCAGUAUCGAAGGCGUGGUCCUAACAGGACUUGGCCACUCCGCCAUGGCGCUCUUCCAGUCGUAUAUCAAGAAAUUCAACGAUGUCCAAACCCCCGUCUUGGCCAUGAGCCACACAGUCCCCCGGUUCAUCAAUGACGAGCCGAGCCGGGCACAAUUCGAGGCCUGGCGCGAGACGUACCGCUGGCAGAUCCACGCCUGGAAACUCCAGAUGCAGCGUGCUCGCUUUGACGUCGGCUGCCGCAAGUUCGCUGUCACCUGGGACGGCCGCGAACUUGUCAGCCCGCCGCCGCAGCAGGUCAGCCUGACCUGCAGCUACUGCGCCAAACCCCUCAGCCAGCAGGACCCUACCGUUUCCCCCGCCUCGCUCGGCUCCAAGGCGGGUGCCGGUCCUGCCACGACUGAGACGGUUCACCACACAACAGGGAACCCUCUGGGUGCCGCAGGUGUGCAGGCCGGCACCAUCUGCCCCAAGUGCUACCGCCACAUGCCUCGCUGCGGAGUGUGCACCCUGUGGCUCGGGGCGCCUGACCCGUCAGCGCGUGCGAGCAUCGCUGCUGACGCGGCCCAGGUGCAGGAGCAUCGAAAGCCCAGCGAAGAGGACCUUCUGCGUCGGUUUAUGGUCUUCUGCAUCAAUUGCAACCAUGGCUUCCAUGCCCAUCAUGCCCGCGAGUGGUUCCAGAAGCACAGAGUCUGCCCUGUGGCAGAAUGCAACUGUAUUUGUGAUCGGUAG